UAUAAAGAGCGUCAGCAGGCAGAGCGGACUGCACACACCCCGAGGAUCAGCCUGUUCAGUCUGUAAUUAAUCAGUUAGUUCAUUCAAGUUAAAGACGAUAAAGACGAGACAGAGAAAGGAAGAAAGGAAGAAAGGAAGAACAUGAGGCAAACAGCAAGAGGUUCACUCCGAGGAAGAGGCAGCGAGCGGUGGAGAGCAACCCGAACAAACAGCCUCCAGCCGACCAGACGGGACCACAUCAGGCAGGGCACAGUCCGAGGAAGAGGCAGCGAGCGGUGGAGAGCAACCCGAACAAACAGCCUCCAGCCGACCAGACGGGACCACAUCAGGCAGGGCACAGAUGGGUACUCGGGAAUACUUACAACUAAAAGACGCCUGUUGAAGAUGGUCGUAUCAACUCUGCAGCCCUUGGAAAUCACAGAAGAUCCAAACUUUAGAGAUUUUGUAAAAGCACUACACCCCAGCUUUUCAAUUCCUUCCAAAUCUACGAUGCAGUCACAGUUGCUCAGCGUCUACAAUGAAAUGGAAAGUGAUUUGCGAUCGAAGUUGGCCUCUGCUGAUGACAUUGUGCUGACAUGUGAGUUGUGGUCUUCAGGAGCUGAAGACUCUCAUCUGACAGUGGGUUGCCAUUUUGUGGACUGCAACGGGAAUCUCAUGUCCUACACGCUCAAAACCACCAGCCUCUUCAGAGACGAAUCUGCAGCCCACAUUCAGACUCAGCUCUCAGCCAUCAUGGAUGCUUGGCAAGUGAAAGAAAAGGUCCACUGGGUCGUCAGAGCUGGCAUGCCACAACUGAAGAAUGUCAAAGCACAAUGGGGUCACAUGCCUUGUUUUGCUGACUCCCUGAAUGUGGUAUUCAAAGGUCUCAUGAGUGAUAACGAGCUGUCAAAUGUUGUCAGAAAGUCUCAAGACAUCGUCAGGUUCUUUAAGAAGGAUUCUGAAGCUGAGAGGAAACUCAGAGAGAUUCAAAAUGGGUUGAAAUUUAAACAAGACAAGCUGAUCUUGUACUCUGGGGACCGAUGGCUCCCCAGUCUGCACAUGCUUCAAAGGCUGAUGGAGCAGUACCCGGCCAUGAUGAUGGUGUUCGACGAGAGAGGCAAAACAGAUUUGAUUCUAAAUGAAAGUGAUAAAGAGAAAAUCAAGAAGAUCAUAUCGGCUCUGGAACCUCUGAGGGAAGUCAUGUCCAGGAUGAAAGAAAAAGGAUUCCAGAGCAUUUCAGCCGUGCUGCCACUACUAAAGAUACUCAUGGACAGUCUUAGAGAAGAAGCUAAAUGCAAUGAUGUUGCCAAGACAUUACUGUUAAAAUGUAAAAAGGAAUUUGGUGAUGUCAACAACAACCCCUUUCUGGCUCCCAUCAUGUUCCUUGACCCGAGGUUCAAAAACCAGCUGGGAGACGAAAACAAAAGACAAGCGAUGGAUAAAAUAAAGACGGAGCUCUCUGCUUUCUGCUCUGCCGCUGAACUCAAUGAACUUGUGAACGAAUACGUGGCCUACAAACCGAACUCGGAGGAGUCAAACCCUUUGGCCUGGUGGAGGCACACAGGAAAGGAGAAGUUUGGUAAAUUAAGCAAGCUGGGUCUGCAGAAACUUGGGGUUGUCUCCACUGCGGUGCCUUUAGAGAGAGCUUUCUCCAGUGCAGGUGAUCAGUUCUGCAGCUUGAGGAGCUCCAUCGAGCCAGAAAACCUCAACAUGAUCCUGUUCCUCAACAGCAACUGGUCCUCGAAGACUUAGACACAAAUCUAUUGUUCUCUUUGAGUGGAUAGAAAUACACAGUCACAGUCACAUUCAUCUAGCAAAGACCCUCUGAACUCUGAGCAUAUUGAUCCUGAUUUUCACCAUGUCAACCACAUCACGACAACUCCCCUCCCUCUCCUUUCCCACCCUGAAACACUCAUCCGCCUUAAUCACCUCACGACUUGACUACCUCAACAGCAUCCUUUACGGCAAGUCCACAAAAAUCCUCAACAAACUACAAUACAUCCAAAACUUGACUAACCGACCACCCACUUCUGCACCAGAGACCACAUAAACCCAGUCCUUUAAAACCUCCACUGGCUCCCAGUUCAACAAAGAAUCCAGUUCGAAAUUCUACUCAACACCUAUAAAGCUGCAACAUCAGGUCCAUGGACGCCAACCUCCUCACCUGUCUCAUUCUCCGGACCUGGGGGGCCAGGGCCUUCUCCAUCUCCCUCCCUCAGGAACUCUCUCCCUCACUGCCCUCCUUUAAAACUCAAAACCACCUGUUUAAAUCUGGAUGUCAGAACUGGGUGCACUGAUAAAAUCUGAUGUGGGCUAUGUUGGUGUGGUUGUUGGACACCUUUUUGGUCCAGUUCAGGCACUGAUACAAUCUUCUCUAUGUUGAACCGCCAUGUUUCUACAGUAGCCCAGAACGGACAAACCAAACACUGGAUCUAGAUUUCCUGAGUUCCUGAAUGCCCCACAUUCACUUUAUUUCCAGAAAGUCCCUCAUUCAGUUGGUUUCCUGAACGCCCCACAACUGUUGGUUCAGGCUGUCACUCUGAUCUGAUCUGCAUUCAGUGUCCUUUCUGUCCUUUGAGCAGCAAACAGGACAAAGUCAGAAACAGAUUCAGUCGUUUUGCCGACAGUGAAACUGUUGAACACAGAGACAGGAGGACAAUUUAACAGCAGUCUGUGCAGAUAAACCGGUUCCUGUAACAAAGAGCACAAAAUUAUUUACACCAGUUUAAAACUGCAGCAUGAAAAACCUCCUGCUAACCUCCUGCUAGCCUUCUGCUAACCUCCUGCUAACCUCCUGCUAGCCUUCUGCUAACCUUCUGCUAACCUCCUGCUAACCUCCUGCUAACCUUCUGCUAACCUCCUGCUAAGAAGGAGGUUCAGACCUGGUCAGAGAACUGGAAUUACGCUGAAAGGCAUUAAUGCAUUGAUUAGUUACCCACACUGAUCAGGUUUAUUGAACUCUUUGUUUCCUCUGCUGUUGAUGUGACAAAUCAUUUUAUCAUUAUUUUUCAUUAAGAUUUAAAUGAAAUGUCUGAUUUAAAUAUAAAAUGACUUUAACACAUUAAUGUCUGUACUGAUCCACUGACUGAAGCUCAUUUAUAUGGAAAUUCUGCCAUCUUGAUCCUGGUGGAGCCUCCUGCCAUGGUCCUGCUUGACUGCCAUUGCUAAUAUCACUGAUAUUAUUGUUUUUAUUAUUAUAAGUUUUAUUAUAGCUACAGUUACUGUUGUUGCUCUUGUCACUUUUCAUUGUCCCCAAUCGUUGCUGUUGUCAUGUUCAUCAUCAUCAGUCACUACUAUUAGUGUAGUUGUUGCUACUGUUGUUGCUGUGCACCUGUCUCUGUCUGUCUGUCUGUCUGUCUGUCUGUCUGUCUGUCUGUCUCUCUCUCUCUCUCUUACUCAAACUUGUCUAGACAGACAAGGUAGACCACCCACCUAGAGCCGAAGGAUCUGUCCUAGGUUUCUGCCUUUUAACAGGCAGUUUUUCCUUGCCCUUGUCUCCAGGUUUCUCAUGUUGGUACUGUUGGGUCUCUGUAAAUAAUGUUAUAAGGAGUUCAGUCUAGACCUGCUCUAUUUGAAAAGUGUCCUGAGAUAACUUCUGUUAUGAAUUGGUGCUAUACAAAUAAAACUGAAUUGAAUUGAAUUGUGGAUGAAAGUGGAACUGCACUCAUCAUCAGCCACCAGCUGUCUGUGUUGUUUGAGAAUGAACUAAAUUAACAUUUAUACUCUUUUUUUCCUUUUUGAUCCUUUUAAUCAAUUAAGUGUUCAGAUCAUUUCAAAUUAGAAAUAUAAUUCCUUUUGUUUAUCUCAGUCGUCAAUAUUGUGACUAUUUCAAUAUAAUCAUCUAUAAAAGGUUGGGUUUGUUAUGACAGUUAAAUAAUAAAAUAAUAUUGUCCCUGAAUGCCCCACAACUAUAUUUGUAUAUAAAGUUCAUCAUUAUUAUCAUUAUUUCUUUAAAUGUUGUUUUAAAAAAGUGAAAAAUAUAAAUUCCUGCCUAACGUAACCUAAAUGACUUUUAGCCUCAAACCAAAAGGACAUUUAUUGUGUAUUUAUUGUUAUUGGGGACCUAAAUGCAUCCUUUAAUAAUCAAUGAUCACUUUGUAAUUAGUUAUUAGUUAUUAGGAGCAGAUGUCAGGAUAUUUAUCCUUUCAAUUGAGAUGUAAAUAAUAAUUUUCUUUAAUGUGGUUUUAUUGUUUUUUUAGUGUUUGUAAUAAAAGAUUGUUCAUUUUAAACUGACCUGCUUUGUUUGAAAAGUGUCCUCAAAUAAUUUCUGUUUAAUAAAUAAAACUGUUAAUAUGCA